AAGGGAGCAUGAAGAAGCAGCACACUGUCAAUGAGUGUUGGGCUGUCAGUUAUUCGCUUCUUGCAGCCUUUAUCUAUUGAUUUUAGACAUCAUUGAUAUCCUGAUUUUUGGAUUUUCAAACCUUCCAUGUAGUGAUCAUACAGGUGGGAUUUAGAGUGCUUUUUGGGUUCUUUUUGGUCGGCUUCAGACAACAAUCCAAAUUGUUUUGGUUUCCCGGGGCUGUUUCUGGUGGUACCAUCUGAAGAGAUGGGUCUUCUGGGCUGUGUCCUGUUCUGUGCCCUGCUGGGUACCAUUUCCUGCGUUCAGUAUAGUGCAGAUCUAAACAUGGGUGGUGUCAUAGGGAAGGUGUGGUUUGACUCCGACUCACAGAUUGCCAAUGUGAGCGUGACAGGUGCUGGAAACUGCGACAAUCUAACCCUAUCCGUGAGUGAGUUCCCGGUCAUGUAUGGCCAUUUCGCCGAUCCUUGUUCGCCGGCUAAUAUCGGUCCAAAGAUCUUCUCCUUCACAGUGCCCUCAUCCUCAGAUUCAGUGGUCAAUCUGUCAAUCCAAGCGGGCAUUACCCUGGAUGACCUCUCACUGAUCCUGGAGACCUGUGCAGGAGUUGAAGUGUGUGCAGUUGUGAGCCGGGCUGAAACAUAUAUGACGCGUCAGGCCAGGUUUACAGGACCAGUGUCGGGAAACGUUUACAUCCGCCUGAACCCUGGAUUCACCAAUGUUAGGUUUCUUUCAGACCUGGUUACCAUAGGGCAGGUCAACACCCCAUCACCCUUCAUGACCCUCUAUGGAUCCACCAGCACGGUCGAGAACUGCACUGCUCUCCUUGGGAGCCUGGACACCUCGACUCUCGCAGAGCUCGGGGUCCUGAGAGUAGGUAGCCCACUGCAACCUGCAAAGUCCCGCUUCAUACCUGCCACUUUCCGCAGUGACACGUCGUAUCUUCUGUACAAAAUGGGCUCCGGCUACAAGUGUGCUAAAAUCUACGUGCUUCAGAAGAAAGCGGUUAGUGCCAGGGUGAACAUGAGGGGGAUUCGAGGCUAUUUCAGCUUCCGCCAGCCUUCCCCGUUUGAAGUGACCGAGUUCCGCGUGAACCUCACUAACUUGGACGACAGAGUAGUGGCCUACCACGUUCACAUGUUCCCCACGCCCCCGUUCGGUUCUCCCCCGCAGAGCGGGUGCUCCAAUGACAACGUGGGCGGCCAUUUUAAUCCCUUUGGCCUGAACGUAAGUGCCCCCACGUACCCCCUGGGGCCCGGCUCUACGCACGACAGGUAUGAGCUCGGGGACCUAAGCACCAGGCACAUGUCCCUGCAGGGCAAAAACGCCACCGACAUGCGCUUCACAGACUUCAACCUGCCUCUGUUUGGCUUGAACAGCAUCGUGGGUCGCUCUAUGGUCAUCCACCAGCCCGGUGGACCCAGAUUUGUGUGCGCACCCAUUGGCUACCCGGGAGAGGUGGUGAGGGCCGUGGCCGAGUUUCAGACCCCAGUGGUGGGACGGGUUUACCUCACGCAGCUGAAGAGCGAGCCGCUGUCCGACGUGUCCAUCUUCGUGGAUCUGGCGUACGGGAGGCCCUCCACCGCCGCCACCGUCGACCACAACUGGCACGUCCACAUGUACCCCAUCAGCUCCGAGCGAGACGACGACCCGCAGCGCUGCGCGACAACGGGGCCCCACUGGAACCCCUUCAACGUCAACACCACCGACCCCAGCUACCUCCUGAACUGCGGACCCUCCAGUCCGCUGUCCUGCGAGGUGGGAGACCUCGCCUCGAAGCACAGCACCCUCAACCUGAGCGCCAGGGUGGGAGGCGUGGAGGCGAAACAGUUCUUCACCGACACCACCUCUUGGCUGCGAGGAGGCGGCGUGCUCGGGCGAUCGGUGGUCAUCCACCGGGCGAACCGAGGCGGCCCCAGGAUCGCCUGCGCCAACGUCACGCGGGUGCAGCUCCUCCGAGGAAGCACGGGCUCCUGGUACGGCCCCGGGGCCGCGACGGGCGGAGUUCGGUUCUACCAGGCUUCCUCCCGGGGGAAAACGGCGGUGAACGUCUCUUUGGCGGGCCUCGGCGGCCUGGCGUCGGGCUACCACGUCCACAUUCUGCCCAUCAAGAGCGGCAACAGCAACCCCUGCUCCGACGCCAACAUCAGGGGCCACUACAACCCGUUCAACGUGUCCGCGUCCCCCGACCCCGGGACCGGCACCGUGGACCAGUACGAGAUAGGGGACAUCAGCGGCAAGUUUGGAACGCUUGCGGGUCGCAAUGCAAUCCAAGCUGUCUACGAGGACAGUAACAUGCCACUCUCUGGGCCCCUCAGCAUACUGGGGCGGUCCCUGGUCAUUCACUAUACCAACGGAUCCAGAAUGCAGUGUGCGGACAUCGAAGCUGAGAACACAACGGACCGGCAAUGGGUAUUUGCGAAGGCGGUAUUCAGGUCCAACAUAUCUGGAACCGUUAUGUUGUCUCAACAAACAUUUCCUGAUGGGACAAACGGAGAUCUUAUGGUGGAAGCUGAUCUCCGCUCUAUUUCGACACGAAACAACAUGCAGGCUUACUGGUUCAUCAUGGAACAACGCAUCGAUGCCAACGACAGAAGUAGGGAGUGUGAGAAUCUAGGCAAUAGCUACAAUCCCUUCAACAUGACGUCAAUGAGCUCCAGCUGCUCCGGAGACACUCCUCUGAGCUGUGUGGUGGGUGAAAUGAGCGGCAGGCAUGGCCUGCUCAGUCUGCAAGCAAGACAGGUGUACACCGACACCCUGCUCCAGCUGACCGGAGACCACACAGUCGUCUACAGGUCCCUGCUGUUGAUGGACCGCCAGAACAUAUUGGCGUGUGCCGACAUCCUCCCAGAAUCCCCCUCGGCCGAACAAACCUUCCCCAACGUGGAUCGCUUCAGCCGAUAUGACUUCCGCAAGAGGGUGUCUGAGGUGCUGGACGUGGCCAUGCCGAGAAUCACCAUCCUCUCCCGGUCUGCUGCCUCGGCCUCUGAAGGAAGGUGCCAGCAAGUGGACUUCCUAGUAUCAGGAGACGUUAGUCAGGCGAGUCUGGAAGCUGUUAAAAACAGUCCAAGAAUGGGUCCGUUCAGAGAAUCCUCAACAUGCACACGUGACACUACAUCUGCAGGCCUGUUGCUGGUCCCAGGAAGCAAUGCACUUAUCUUGCUGUUUGCUGCGCUCCUUCUACAAUCCUGGGUUUAGAUUCAAGAAUUUCUUUCUAAACUAGCUUCUUGCCUAUUAUGGAUUCUCCCAGUAUGGUGGACGUUGGAUCUGUUUCAUUUUCGAGAUAUGAUUUUUUAUGAUACCUGUGUUUUGGCAAUUUUGUCAUGUAAAAAAAUCAAUUCUUGUUUUUACAGUUACUAUCAUGACUCUCAUUUAAAAACCUAUAAAUCCAUGGUAAUUUAAAAUAUUGUGGCUUGAAUCAGCAAUUAAGUUUCAGUAUUUGAGGUGUUGUCUUGGUGGAUAUUGUUAUUUUUAUUAAGUGGUUCUUCUGUCCUUUAUGCACCUAAACUGCAAUAGUCUACUCAUACUUCCGAGUCGAUUGAAGUCAUUUUUGUAAAUGUGUGAAAAAUCGUGAAUAAAAUACCAAAUUGUAUUUUUUUAAAUUUCUAUAAACAAAAAUUAUAAUAAAGUUGUCGAUUUGCGUUUUAUAUAUAUGUAACCUGAUUUAUGUACAGUAUUAUGACAAAUAAACGAUGACAAUAA